GCAGCAGCAGAGCAACCAAGGAGGAAGACAGAAAAUGAGCAACAACGCAGGGAAGCUCGUGUGUGUCACUGGUGCUUCUGGUUAUAUUGCUUCAUGGCUCGUCAAGUUCCUUCUCAAUCGUGGUUACACUGUCAAGGCCACUGUUCGCGACCCUAAUGAUCCCAAAAAGGUAGAACACUUGGUCAAACUUGAUGGUGCGAAGGAGAGAUUGCACUUGGUUAAAGCAAACCUCCUGGAUGAAGGUUCCUUUGAUCCUGUUGUUGAGGGGUGUGAGGGGGUCUUUCAUACUGCGUCUCCCUUUUAUCAUGAUGUCAAAGAUCCACAGACUGAACUGCUUGAUCCGGCAGUGAAGGGAACUCUCAAUGUUCUGAAGUCAUGUGCUAAAUUUCCAUCUGUGAAAAGAGUUGUUUUAACUUCUUCCGUUGCCGCAGUUGCAUAUAAUGGAAAGCCAAGAACUCCUGAAGUUGUUGUUGAUGAGACAUGGUUUUCAGAUCCAGACUUUUGUAGGGAAGCUCAGCUGUGGUACACAGUUUCAAAGACUUUGGCUGAAGAUGCUGCUUGGAAAUUUGUAAAGGAGAACAACAUUGACAUGGUUACCAUCAAUCCAGCAAUGGUGAUAGGACCUCUCUUGCAACCAACUCUUAACACUAGUGCUGCUGCAGUUUUGAAUAUAAUAAAUGGUGCCCAGACAUUUCCAAAUAUGACUUUUGGAUGGAUCAAUGUGAAAGAUGUUGCAAAUGCCCAUAUUCAAGCACUUGAAAUUCCUUCUGCUAGCGGAAGAUAUUGUUUGGUUGAGAGAGUGGCACACUAUUCAGAGGUUGUGAAGAUUUUACGUGAGCUGUACCUGACAUUGCAACUUCCUGAAAAGUGUGCGGAUGAUAAGCCGUUCAUGCCGACAUACCAGGUUUCUAAAGAAAAGGCUAAAACACUGGGAAUUGAAUUUGUUCCGUUGGAGAAAAUGAGCAACAACGCAGGGAAGCUCGUGUGUGUCACUGGUGCUUCUGGUUAUAUUGCUUCAUGGCUCGUCAAGUUCCUUCUCAAUCGUGGUUACACUGUCAAGGCCACUGUGCGCGACCCUAAUGAUCCCAAAAAGGUAGAACACUUGGUCAAACUUGAUGGUGCGAAGGAGAGAUUGCACUUGGUUAAAGCAAAUCUCCUGGAUGAAGGUUCCUUUGACCCUGUUGUUGAGGGGUGUGAGGGGGUCUUUCAUACUGCGUCUCCCUUUUAUCAUGAUGUCAAAGAUCCACAGGCUGAACUGCUUGAUCCGGCAGUGAAGGGAACUCUCAAUGUUCUGAAGUCAUGUGCUAAAUUUCCAUCUGUGAAAAGAGUUGUUUUAACUUCUUCCGUGGCUGCAGUUGCAUAUAACGGAAAGCCAAGAACUCCUGAAGUUGUUGUCGAUGAGACAUGGUUUUCAGAUCCAGACUUUUGUAGGGAAGCUAAGCUGUGGUACAUAGUUUCAAAGACUUUGGCUGAAGAUGCUGCUUGGAAAUUUGUAAAGGAGAACAACAUUGACAUGGUUACCAUCAAUCCAGCAAUGGUGAUAGGACCUCUCUUGCAACCAACUCUUAACACUAGUGCUGCUGCAGUUUUGAAUAUAAUAAAUGGUGCACAGACAUUUCUAAAUAUGACUUUUGGAUGGAUCAAUGUGAAAGAUGUUGCAAAUGCCCAUAUUCAAGCAUUCGAAAUUCCUUCUGCUAGCGGAAGAUAUUGUUUGGUUGAGAGAGUGGCCCACUACUCAGAGGUUGUGAAGAUUUUACGUGAGCUGUACCCCACAUUGCAACUUCCUGAAAAGUGUGCGGAUGAUAAGCCGUUCGUGCCGACAUACCAGGUUUCUAAAGAAAAGGCUAAAACACUGGGAAUUGAAUUUGUUCCGUUGGAAGUGAGUCUCAAGGAGACUGUGGAAAGCUUGAAGGAGAAGAAAUUUGUCAACUUUUAAUUUUGUAAUCCCUAUUUUAAGAGUAAAUGUUGGUUGGUUAGCUCAAGCGUGCUUUGAGUUGUAUCUGUGGAUUUGAAAAACUCUGAUCUUUUGUAAUACAAUAAACGGUGCUUUAUAGGACACUGAGAGGGGUACAAUGCUUGUGUUAGGUAGGAGCUAUUUUGAAAGACCUUUGGUUUGUCUGCGUGCUGGUUAUAAAUCAGUAUUUUGAAUGUUGGCAUUUUUAGGUAAAAUUAAUCUAAUGUUUUUACAGGUU